AUGAAUUCUUCUGUUAAUGCCAACCAUCCCGCUGCUGCCCAAGGUUCCCCUGUACUUGAUGUCAACUACUCUUCUUCUUCCGAGUCCGAGUGCUCCGGUGGUUCUUCUGGUUCUGAAGCUGGCUCUGGUUCUGAUUCUGAUGUCGUUCACCGAGGAGGUGACGAUUCCGAUCGUAUGGACGUUGAUGUUGAGGGUACGCCCGAAAACACUCGUACUGAUCAAGGUGAAGCAUCGUCUUCAACUGUAAGCCCAGUCGUAGAUUCUUCGGAAGGAUCAGAUUACGCUGGCAGAAUCGCUGUGUUGCAAAAUCGAAUUAAAGAGGAUGCAGCCACGAUUGAUAUUCUUUCUAAUGCUGGAACUGAAUUGAUGGCCAAACUUGCUACUAAUCCUUUGGAGUACAAGGUACAUUUGGACGCCAACUCGACUGCUUUAGAGUAUUUGCACAAGAGAACUGCUAAUGAUCGUGCCUCGUUGAUUUCUUUGAGAAAUGAAGAAACCAAUCUACUCGAGGUAACCUCCCGUACCGACAAGCUUACAAUCAAGAAGUCAAGAAAGGAAUUGGAUCAUACCGCAAUCAAUCCCAAGGACCUCCCUCCUUUUAACGUUCGUCCCACCAAGGCUCGCAAGGCUGCUCAUAUUGAGAAUGGUAAUGAAGACUAUUUGUUGGAAACGUUUGUUAUUUCUUUUGAGAGAGUAUACAAGAAUGCGAAUGUCGAUGUACAGAAGCACUGGUUUGUCCAUUUGGAAGGUUGUUUGGAGAAGCACUUUAUCUAUCGAGCUUGGUUCAACAAAGCUAUCAAGCCCAAGCAUAGUGCUAACAAGAAGCUUACAUGGACUACGGCUGUCAAGAUCUUACAAGAACGAUUUGUAAUCUAUUCCGACAAAGGUAUUCAAAAAGACAAUGAAGAACUUUUCGAAAAUGGUGCAAUCAAGGACAGUGAAAAUCUUGCCGCCUAUAUGUUCAGCUUCGGUAUCUUGGAGAUUACCGGUAACGUUUCGACCAAGAAUAAUUACUUGUACACUGCUUGCUUUAUCUGGAACCUCAAGAAUGAAAAACUUAAGGCUAAGGUAAUCGACGCCAUGUCCGAGUACAUGAACCUAUCCCACAAGGAUACAAGCAUCCAUGCCCCAUGUAAUGAUGAAGCUUUCUGCGACUUCUACUCUGACUUUGAAAACGUACGACAAGCUAUUACAAGGAAAUUGGCUUUACUGGAACAAUGCUUGGAAGACGAAAGAAAAAAAGGUAACGCUAAUUCUUCGUCUGGUUCGUCUUCUGAGAAGUCAAAGAAGAGAAAAGCGGUCAAUGGUGCUGGUGUCACUCCCCCUUGGUCAAGCCCUUCUUCCUCUUCUUCUUCUGCUGCUGCUGCUCCCCCUGCAUCUUCUUCAAGUGGUCCUACUAGGGAAAUCAACUUUGAUUUGGUCCGCCUCGAUUUGGUUUCGAAGCCAUCCCACGUACUGAACAGUGAGGAGAAGAACUUCUUGUUUAAAGCCAAGAAGUGUAUUUACUGCAGAGUUGCUACUUUUUCUGUUGGUCACGCCGAAGUCUGUCCCGAAAAGAAGAAGCAGUAUAAGGUAAAUAAUAAUUCAAUUCAUGACAAUAACAAUAACUUAGCUUCGUCUAAUGUUAACGUUUUGUCUAAUCAACUUAAUAACGAUCAAUCAAAUUCUAACUCCUCUGAUGUUUCUAGAAAUACUAAAAACUAUGACACUGAUGAAGAAGAGAACUUUGGUGAUGAUGAAGACGAUUUCCAAGCCGCCUAUAGAAGCUUGGACGACUUUAUUUGUAAUGAUAAUGAUGAAGUUGAUUCUUUUAAUAAAAAUAUAUUUGCCAUAAAAAUUAAUAAUGAUAGAAAUGUAUUUAUUAAUAAGGGAAAAAGUUUAAAAGGCUCGGAUGAUUUAUUUAAUUCCGAGAGUGUGGCUUAUUCACCCAUCACCCCUAUUAUAAUUAAUUCUGUAAAAACUUAUUGUACCUUAGACACAGGUGCUCAAGUUUCUAUUAUUGAUAAGCAAUUUGCUAUUGAUCAUAAUAUCCAAUUUCAUCACUGUGAAACUUUUUAUCGGUCCAAUUUUUUAAAAAAAAAUGAAAAAGUUAGACCGGCGGUAACGGUCCAAAAAUUGGACCGAUUAUAUAAAAAAUCGGUCGCAUUUUUGGACAGAUUUUGUAAGAAAUCGGUCGCAUUUUUGGACCGAUACUGA